AUGUCUAGAAAAACUAAUGCUUGUUUGGGCCAAACCCAGACUGAGCCUUCCAGACCAGCUGCUUCUGAGAACAUUUCCAGACCAGCCACUGCUGGAAGAGUAGAACCCGAACCAGAAACUGUUUUCCCAGAACCUUUGAGUGUUCUGCAACAGUGUAAAAUUUUGGUCGACACGUAUAAGCCUUUUGACGAGGCCAAACCUGUCACUGACCAACCUAAGGGUUAUUUUCUGUUUAAGUUGGGACUUCCCAAGAAAACAGAGUCUUUCACUACUGAAGAUAUCCUCUUGGGUAUCUUUAGACCUAUUUUAUUUGAAAUGAAGAGGAAACAGGACGCCGAAGACCAGCGUGCUCAUGAACUCUUCAUGGCUCAGUUCACCAAACCUGCCUGUCCUGAGCCUACCAGUAUUACCAGUACUGUCGUUUCUGAACCUCCAGUCGUCGAUGACGGCUGGACAACAGUGCAAAAGGGCAAGUCCAGCAAAACAUUCAAGCCUAAGGCUCUUGCUGGACACACCAUCCCAGGUGCACUCAAAACCAUGACAAAGAGCACAAAGACAUCUGUCAUGACCUUUGUACCUGCUCUUUCGGCACUUGGGCCAUCUAAUACCAAGAAAUAUAAUACCUACGAGGCUUUAGACGUUGAAGACCUUACCCAGUCGUCCGCUUCUGAAUCAGAGGACAUCUUUUCUUCUCCUAGCCUGGUCUGUGAGUUCUAA